AUGGCUUUUUCCUUUUCUCGACCCCGCAGUGGCUCCCUGUCGGGCUCGGCGCGCGUCUUCGCCGGCUCCUCGGCUGGCUCCGUGCGCGGCAACUCCAGCGGGUCAGACUCCUGGUUCUCGUUGUCUCGACUGCACGCGGCGCUCCCGGCGUCUCGAGCUAGCGCAGAUGGGAUUCCCAUCUUGCUGGGCCCGGGCCGGCAGCAGGAGGCGCUGCAGGGCUUGAACGAGCGACUGGCCGGCUACCUGCAGCGGGUGCGGGGGCUGGAGGCGGCCAACCGAGCCCUGGAGGAAGAGAUCGCCGCCAUCCGGGCGCGCAGGGCUGGGGCAGGCGGCCAUAAAGAUUGGGAAGCCUGCGAGCGGCCCUUAGCGGAGCUGCGCAAGCAGGUCGAAGAUCUCAACAUGGAGAAUGUCAGGCUGCUUCUGCAAAUUGAUAAUGCCAGACUAGCAGCGGAUGACUACAACCAUAAGCUGGAAGCAGAGCAGGCUGUAUGUGACAGUGUGCAGAAGGACACCCAUGGGUUGCGCAAAAUGAUAGAUGACACCAACUUCCUACGUUUGAAGCUGGAAGGGGACCUGGAGUCCUUCAGAGAGGAACUGGCUCACUUACGCAAAAGCCACAAGGAGGAAGUGGAGGCGCUCAAUGCUCUGAUCGCCAACUCUGACGUCACAGUGCAGGUGGACAAUCCACAGAAGAACCAUCUGAGUGAGACUAUUGCUGACAUCCGCAACCAGUAUGAGAAAGUGGCUGAGCAGAACCAUGCCGAUGCAGAGAACUGGUACAAAACCAAGUUUGACUCCAUGUCCCAAGAAGCCACCAUAAACACCCAAGCUCUGGAAGAGUCCAAGAGUGAGUUGACAGAGCUUCGCCGGCAGAUGCAAGGCCUGGAGAUUGAACGCCAGACUCUCCAGAAAAUGGUAGACACCCUGGAGAACACCUUGAAAAGCACAGGCGCUCACUAUCGCAAUGAAAUGGCCAAUCUCAACCGUGUCAUUGCCAAGCUGCAAGAGGAUUUGGCUGCCUGCCGGGCUGACCUGGAGAGGCAGGCCCGGGACUACGAGGCACUUCUGGACAUCAAGACCAAGCUUGAGAAUGAGAUUGAGCACUACCGCAACUUGAUUGAGGGCGCAACUAUCAGAGGGGAGUUGCUGAGCUCAGGGAAAGCAGACACCAGGAGACAGACAAUUAAGAAGGUGGUAGUCACCACACAAGAAAUUGUGGAUGGGCAAGUGGUGGCACAGAAAUCUGAAGAAGUGAUUCACUAG